UACCAUCGUAUCAAAUAUUCAAGGUACAAGGUGAUUUACUACCUGUGUAGCUAUCAAUGUAGUUGUUUCCCUUACUUAUAUUAAACCUUCCUGGUUGGGAAACAUUUAUUCCACUGUUUAAAUUUAAAAUAGGACAUUAUGUCGCAUAAUAGCUAUAGAAGAGAUGUUCAGGCAUCUAGCAGCGUCGCCUUUCAGAAAAAAUACAAUAUUGAUGUAGAUUACGUACGUAUACGUGCUAAAACUAUAUAUGAAGCCUCGAAAAAUCUCUCAAAGGAGCAAAAAAACAUCCACAGAAAGAGAGAUAAGAGUAAAGGCAGCAAAGAACUUCCAAAAUGCAUUGAAAAUUUUGAUGAAGGACUGCGUGAAAUAAGAGAAGAACUGGAGAAGAUCAGUUAUAUUGUAAAUGAAGACAAUGAUGAUACAGGCUUUAACAGCAGAAAGCAGUACGAAAGAUCAGCAUCAUUAAAUGUCCCGAAAAAGAAGAACCGACAAGGUCUAUCUGAUACCUUCACGAGCGUCGAAGCUACGGAAUGUUUUCGAUGUCUUACAAAAGAAACGAAAAUUCAAGACCUUGAAUUGAAAUUAAAGAGAAUCGAGCGGAGCUCGGAGCAAAACAUAAUGCAAAUCACUGAAUCGCUGGACGAUAUUCAAAGACGAUAUGACAAACUGGAACGGAGAUUCCAUGAAGAAGUACGUUUAAAAGAUGAUGCCUUACAAAGGUUAAGUAAAGUUGCGUCAUCUAAAUUACGUGAUAAUAAUCCAAACAUAACGGAUCUCAGUGACCAGAACAGACCUACAAAAGUAGCUGAGAAAUUGUCCGAGCUGUAUGACAACCAAUGGACAGAUGCGUUUGACAUUUUAGAACAGCAAAUGGAAGAGAAACAAGUGAUUCAAAAAUUAUUAAACACUUUAAUGGUGGCAUAUAAUAUUUGUCAGAAUUCGAAUGGAAAUUUCUUCGAAAGAGUCCAAAGAGCUAUUGAACUACCGAAAGAGGCGCCUGAAAUUUCGAAUUACAAAGUUGUCUUAUCAGACCAGUUAAAACAAGAAAUAAGAGAGUUCCGAAAGAACCGUGCCCCAUUUGUUAUACGUGAUGUUGAAAAGGUUGUGAGACCAAGACUGGAGCUAGCCAAUCAUCGAUCAAAAGAUGUGCAAGAAUAUGUUACAGCAUGCGUAGAGAUUGCAUGGUUGUGCGCUGUGCAAGAUCCUCCACUGGAACUUAAUACAAAAUGUACAAACAGAUUUAAUACUAACGUAUUCAAAGAUUAUACAGCACGUGGAGAAUUUGUUGACUUCAUGGUAUGGCCAGCAAUGUUGCUUCAUAAGAACGGCCCUCUUCUUUCUAAAGGUGUUGCUCAAGGAAGAUGUGAUAAUCCGACUCCGACAAGACACAAUGAAGUAUCUGAUCGUCCUUUUCCGACUGAUACAAGACAAGGUGGAUUCAACACCCAAACAGGCACAUACACCGACAGAAAUUUCUCAAACCAAAAGAGAGAGCAAUAUCAAGUAAACUAUCGUGACCAUCAAUCCUAUCAGGGACCGGACAAUCAUUACCAACAUCCCAACAAAUACUCUAAAACUACGUAUGUGUCGUCAAGAACAAAUACAGCAAUGGGAUAUGGUCACACACAAAGGUUUCCCGCUCAAUCAACAGAAAUUUAAAAUUGUUUUGUCAAAACAAAGUAAAUGUAGGGAAUUUAGGCGUGCAUUUGUUUUUGAGUCAAUCGUUAGCAAUAAAAAUGAAGAUAAAGUGUGUAAAGGUACAGUUUAUGUCAUCUCAUUAAAAGUAAAACUAUCAGUCGAUCAGUGUUUGUAAGAGGUCGGCGUACAAAGAAAGCAGUGUAUUCUAACGCAUUUCAAUGUUCUCCAGGAAUUAAAUACUAUUUGUUUCAUGAUUAACUUAUCUGUUAACUUAGUUACCUAACUUGUAUAUAACUUACAAAUAUGUUUAUGCAUGUGUUAUAAUUUUAUGUAUUGUUAUGUAUUUAUUAUGUAUAUAAUUAUAAAGAGGUUGUUUCCAUUAUCUCCUUCAGUGAUAUUCAUACCUACUAAAUACCGGUUGUACUUAUAUUCUUACUUAUAUUCUUAGUUUAAUAAAAUGUAUUUCUCUUUGUAAUUUUUACAUACAUGUAUGUAUCUUUCUCUAUAUUCAUAUUGUUUUAUAGCUUAUGACAAUAAAUGUAUAUAAAUUAUUAUGUAAACAGUUGAAUAAACAAAGUAGAAUCUAUAUAAUUUCUUAACUUUACUGUUUCUAAAAUUGUAAAUAUAUUUCAUAUUUUGUUCAAUAACAAUACAUGUUUCAAGUCCCAUGCCCUGAUUACAAAAUAUACUAAAAGAUGGCAAUCGAUUAAAAUAUGGAGUGAUAAAUUGCAUUUUUAUAGAAGUAAAAUGACUGAAAUAAAUAAACACUAUAAGAGUCUUCCGUUCUAUUCAUUGUAUGGUAUCGAUAGCAUAUAUUUAGCAAUUAUGUUACUUUAUUUUAUUUCUGAUGACAUGAGGGAAUAAACUAAGUGACUUUGAUAUUGUUAUCUUGUAUACAUGCU